AUCGGAAAACGAAGGAAAGUCCGUAGUGAACAAGUGUCGAGAAAAGCCACUAGGAAAAACCUAAAAAAAACCUAGAAAACGCCCAAAAAUAUUCGAAAAAUUCUAAAAAUGUUGAAUAUGGAAAGUGCGGGUGUGAGUUCUGCGAUGGCGGGCCUGAGCAAAUCCCUGACAACGCCCUUCUCCAUCAACGACAUCCUGACGCGCAGCAAUCCGGAAUCGCGUCGCAUGUCCAGCGUGGACACAGAGCCGGAAACGGAAAAGCUAAAGUCCACCGAUCGCGAGCGAUCCACCUCAAAGUCACCGCCCCUCUGCUGCCGAGAUCUCAGCCUGUACAAACUAGCCCAAUCCAAGGAGAUGCAGGGAGCAAAUCCCAGGCCUACAGCAAACUAUCUGCAGUACUAUGCGGCGGCGAUGGACAACAAUAACCAUCAUAGCCAUCAAAACCAUCAUCACCAGGCAACGGGCACCUCGAACUCCAGUGCCGCGGACUACAUGCAGCGCAAAUUGGCCUACUUUGGAUCCACCCUCGCAGCGCCCUUGGACAUGAGGCGCUGCACCAGCAACGAUUCCGACUGCGACUCACCGCCUCCAUUGAGCAGUUCGCCCUCCGAAUCGCCACUUUCCCAUGACGGCAGUGGUCUUAGCCGCAAAAAGCGGUCGCGUGCCGCUUUUAGCCAUGCCCAGGUCUUCGAAUUGGAGCGCCGUUUCGCCCAACAGCGCUACCUGUCUGGCCCAGAGCGCAGCGAGAUGGCCAAGAGCCUGCGGUUGACGGAGACCCAGGUGAAGAUAUGGUUCCAGAACCGUCGCUACAAGACCAAGCGCAAGCAGAUCCAGCAGCACGAGGCCGCUCUCCUGGGGGCCAGCAAGAGGGUGCCCGUCCAGGUCCUUGUGCGGGAGGACGGCAGCACCACCUACGCCCACAUGUCCGCUGCGGGGGCGGGGCACGGCCUGGAUCCCGCCCUGAUCAACAUAUACCGCCACCAGCUGCAGCUGGCUUACGGCGGACUGCCGCUGCCCCAGAUGCAGAUGCCCUUCCCGUACUUCUAUCCGCAGCACAAGGUGCCGCAGCCCAUCCCGCCGCCCACUCAGUCGUCCAGCUUCGUGACCGCCUCCUCGGCCUCCUCUUCACCCGUUCCCCUCCCCCUGCCGGGCGCAGUGCGUCCGCAGCGAACCCCCUGUCCCAGUCCCAACGGCCAGGUGAUGAGUGUGGAAAGCGGAGCCGAGAGCGUUCACUCGGCGGCGGAGGAUGGCGACGAGAAUGUGGAGAUCGACUAGAUCUGGAUAGAUCUCCAUCCUGGAGAGGGUUACGUUUUUGUGAUAGCCGUAGAAAUUGUGUUUUAGUCUCUAUGUGUAACCUAUAGUUGUCCCAUAG